CCUCCUCGAACUUGUUACCUCCUCUAUCUCAAAAAUAUAAUCAUCCAAAAAAAUUUAAAAGAAAAAGUUUCCAAUUUGAAGGUGCGUCUGGUUCUCCUUUGAUUAUGUGAUGUUAGCCUCAAAGAAGGCUUUGGAUAAGCUUUACAAGCGUUGCACUUUCUUAUCUAAACAUACCCAUUUCACCUUUAUGUUCAAUUCGGACGAUAGCAGCUGCUGGCAGCAACAAGGCCACAACUCUUGUCUUGAAGCUUUCUCUUUCAAAGCUGCAAAUGAUAAACAAGAGGCAAUACUUUGUUGUGCACAAGGAAGAAAUGUAUCUCAGGAUGAUAUUUUCAAUCGAACACGAGCAAGCUUCGGUUCGAAUUCUAUGAAUAUUGAUAAUGUUUUCCAUAGCUGGCAUUUGUCAAAUCGUCAUUAUACUUCCCACUCUAAUGACAAAUCCGUUGGCGAUUUUGUAGAUAAGCUUUUAAGAUACGUUCCAGAAUAUGUGAAAAUAGUGGAAGUGGGUCCAAGGGAUGGAUUGCAAAAUGAGAAGGAUGUUGUACCUACUGCUAUAAAGGUUGAGUUGAUUAAAAUGCUAGUUUCUUCAGGGCUGCCUGUUGUUGAGGCCACAAGCUUUGUGUCACCGAAAUGGGUACCGCAGCUAGCCGAUGCAAAAGAUGUAAUGGCAGCCAUUAGAGAUGUUGAAGGUGCUCGAUUUCCUGUAUUAACUCCUAAUUUGAAAGGUUUUGAAGCAGCUGUUGCUGCUGGAGCAAAGGAAGUUGCUGUCUUUGCAUCAGCCUCGGAAUCCUUUUCAAAGUCAAAUAUCAAUUGCAGUAUUGAAGAUAGUCUGGUUCGUUACAGUGAUGUUGCCCUUGCGGCCAGCAAGCUUUCAAUUCCUAUGCGUGGAUAUAUAUCAUGUGUUGUGGGGUGUCCGAUAGAAGGAAUGAUAUCUCCAUCAAAAGUUGCAUAUGUGGCUAAACGUCUCUGUGAUAUGGGUUGCUCUGAAAUAUCCCUUGGUGAUACAAUCGGUGUUGGCACUCCUGGUACUGUCAUUACAAUGCUUGAAGCUGUUAUGGAAGUUGUUGCGAUUGAUAAGCUGGCUGUUCACUUUCACGACACUUACGGGCAAGCUCUUUCAAAUAUUCUAGCAUCACUCCAAAUUGGUAUUAAAACUGUCGAUUCAUCUGUCUCUGGACUUGGGGGCUGCCCAUAUGCUAUAGGGGCCUCUGGUAAUGUGGCUACUGAAGAUGUUGUUUACAUGCUUAAUGGUCUAGGAGUUAAGACCAAUGUGGAUCUCCAAAAGGUCAUGUUGGCAGGGAAUUUCAUCUGUAAGCAUUUGGGACGCACAACUGGUUCUAAGACAGCAAUCGCCUUGAGCAAAAUCACAGCUCAUGCCUCCAAACUUUAAGGUGUUAGAGCUGGAUCAGAUAACAAUGUACAUAAAUGUGUUCUCAGUGUCCCCAACCCUGCAUUUGGACGUGCUGCUACCAAAUUAAGUCACAAUUAGUUGCAGUUUCUUCAAGAGUUACUCAUAAAGUUCCCUUCACAGGUAAUUCUCAUUCUUGAAAUUCCUUGUUCUUGUUGAGUCAUUAUUUUUCUGUGGAUGAUAAUGAUACUGCUCUAUUACACGGUCUUUGCUGGUAGAGUGCACGCGGCAAUAACCAUUUAAACUCUGCUGAACCUAUUAGAAAACAGAUGACAGACGAACUUCUGGAGUGCACAUUUCUCAUCAAUAUGUUUGUAAGAUGAACAUUUACAAUACCUACUUAGCAAGUGCUGCUUUAUGACAUUUGCAUCAUUUCAUGUAACAGCCACUCAGUGUAUAUAAAACCAUGCCUCCAAAAUGAAUAAUGAUAAUCUAUAACUUAGGGUAAACUAAGCUUUGAUUUCAUGUAAAUUGACCUUUUCACUCAA